AUGGGUUCGGGCGAUACUAGAGGAGAAAGCUCUCUGGUAGCUAAACCAAUCGAAAUUAUACUUAAUAAGCUACCACAUGCCAUACUAGCGCAACAACAAUUUCAAAAAUAUAUAACGAGCCCCAUCUACAGAUAUCUUUCCAAACUUCUACUGUUCAGAGAGGUGGCUUGGCCCGAAAGUACAAAAGAUACCCAGAAAGGACAAGUAGGGAUAUUUUCCUUUCAAAACAAUUAUGCAGACUCUGCAACAACUUUCAGAAUACUUGCUCAUUUAGAUGAGCAGCGAUACCCGCUACCCAACGGUGCCGCUGAAAAGAAUUUACCUUCUUUAUUUGAAGGAUUCAAAGCUACCGUUUCCAUCAUUCAACAGAGACUGUUGUUAGACAAUGUAGACGGGGCCACGAAUAGUGAUAAGGAAAAAUACGUUCAAUUGCCGGAUAUUAAUACUGGUUUUGUGAAUAAAACGUACUCUAGAAUUGACCUAACACAUUUACUUGAGGAUGUAGAAACUAACGUGGAAAAUCUGUCAAUCAAUAAAACGUUAGAGAUGGAUGAGUUGACCAGAUUAGAUUCCAUGAUCAACGAACUAGAAUCCAGGAAAUUAAAAAUCCUGGAAAGGGUUAAGCACAUUGAUAGUAAGUCUACCAAUCUUGAGAAUGAUGUAACACUGAUAAAGGAUAGAAUAAAUUUUAUCGAGGAAUACAAUUUGGAAGCUGAUCGUGAACAGAGCUUACGGAAGCAAAUGGAAGAAGAAAGAUCAUCUGAAGCGUCGUCCUUCACGCAAAAUGAAGAAGCCAUAUCGUCGUUAUGUGAUGUUGAAAGUAAGGAUACGAGAUUAAAAGAUUUUUACAAGAUGCCCCAUGAAAAAAGCCACGAUAAAAACAGGCAAAUUAUCUCAGAAACAUAUAGCCGAAAUACCACGGCUUUCAGAAUGACAAUACCCCAUGGCGAACAUGGAAACAGCAUAACCGCAUUAGACUUUGAUACACCAUGGGGAACCUUGUGCUCAUCAAGCUACCAAGAUCGUAUAGUAAAAGUGUGGGAUUUGAACCAUGGGAUACAAGUUGGAGAGCUGCCUGGUCACCUUGCUACUGUUAAUUGCAUGCAAAUAGAUAAGAAAAAUUACAAUAUGUUGAUUACUGGAAGUAAGGAUGCCACUCUGAAGUUAUGGGACUUAAAUCUGAGUAGAGAAAUAUAUUUGGACCAUAGUCCAUUGAAGGAGAAGACAGAAGAAAUUGUUACACCAUGUAUCCAUAAUUUUGAGUUACAUAAAGACGAAAUCACAGCCCUGUCUUUUGAUUCUGAAGCUUUGGUUAGCGGAUCUAGGGACAAAAAAAUAUUCCACUGGGAUUUAACGACGGGCAAAUGUAUUCAGCAACUUGACCUUAUCUUCACACCUACACAUAGCGACAUUAAAAUGCCUGCACGUUCAUUAAACAAUGGUGCAUGUUUACUUGGCACAGAAGCACCAAUGAUAGGAGCCCUCCAAUGUUACAACUCUGCAUUAGCAACAGGAACAAAAGAUGGCAUUGUGCGACUAUGGGAUCUAAGAGUUGGCAAACCGGUGAGAUUACUAGAAGGCCAUACCGAUGGAAUUACAAGUUUGAAGUUUGAUUCCGAAAAAUUGGUAACAGGCUCGAUGGACAAUAGCGUAAGGAUUUGGGAUUUGAGGACAAGCUCAAUUCUUGACGUGAUUGCUUACGAUUUACCAGUAUCGUCCUUAGAUUUCGAUGGUAAAUUAAUCACUGUUGGCGCAAACGAGGGAGGGGUUAAUGUCUUUAACAUGGAGCGCGAUGAGCAUUGGAUGACUCCUGAACCACCGCAUUCACUAGAUGGGGAUGAGCUGAGCAGAAGAAUUGCUAUUGUCAAGUAUAAAGACGGAUUUCUGAUCAAUGGGCACAACGAUGGAGACAUCAAUGUAUGGACACUUUAG